UAACAUAUGGUACCAUGAACUCCAGAAACCGCGUUGUGGCAGGUUAACGUGGCCUGGAUGACGACGGGAUGGUCAUGGCUGUGUCCUUGGUUAUCCUGAAAGGCCUGGGAGCUCUCAGGUGACUCAGGUUGAACGUUCACAAGUUCCAAUUGUGCAGAUUAACCGAUUGCAAUGAUGCAAUCGCAUCCGAAUCAUACUAUGUAUGUUAUAUUGAUUUCCGAGUCCUCAAGUUUGUCUUGAAGCGAACAAGAUGAAUGUAUAAAAGCCCGUUUUCCUUUCCCCCCUCCAUAGCAUCUACCUAUCUGCCCACUUUACCAUGGAGGUCAAAUCAACAGCCGUCAAGCAGCAUCUUCCCUCGUCUUCGGACGCAACUUGGGUGGACUCUUUUCCUUCCAACAUACGUCCUUACCUCUAUCUGGCACGAGUUCACAACCCCGCUGGAACACUCUUGCUAUUCUAUCCAUGCGCAUGGUCGGUCACUAUGGCGUGCUACGCACACGGCACGCCGAUGUCGACGGUGUGGAACUAUGUAGGAUUGUUCCUUACUGCUUCCCAAGUGUUCCACGCCGCUGGCUGCGUGAUCAAUGACAUGUGGGACAAAGACGUCGACGCUGCCGUUCCGCGAACAAGCACGCGACCCUUGGCUGCAGGGGAUGUCUCGAUGUUCCAGGCAUUCCUCUUCCUCAUCCCACAGCUGGCUCUUGGCAUCUGGCUGUUAAUGCAGUUGAAUGAAUACAGCUUGCGACUUGGACUCUCGUCCCUGGGUCUGGUGGUGUUGUAUCCUGCCAUGAAGCGGGUGACCAAUUGGCCGCAGGCAGUGCUUGGCAUGUGCUUCAACUGGGGGGCACUAUUAGGCGCGGCUUCAGUUGCUGGAGCAGUUGACUGGCAUGUGUACAUCCCUCUGUACUUGGGGGCUGCCUGCUGGACAAUUGUAUAUGAUACUUCUUACGCCCGUCAAGACAGAGAUGAAGACGCCAAAUAUGGUGUGCGCUCAACCACGAUAAUCUUUGGAGAUCAGAUCCGACCUAUUCUUGCUAUCUUCUCCGCCGUUGUUUGUUCUCUGGUGUCGUAUGCCGGAUACUGCAACGGACAUGGGUUGCCAUUCUUCUGCGGUGUUGGGUUGGGCGCACUUCACCUUGCCCGACUUCUCGCCCGGACUGACUUUGAAAACAAGGAGAGCUGUGAUGCUACGCUUCUCAGUAAUGCUUGGUUCGGCUUCUGGGUUUGGGCUGGAGCUUUCGCCGACUUUCUGUUAAAGACGCAGCUCAACUAGUAGAUGCAAUGACAUUAUGAAUCUCUUCUGAGUUUCUUUUACCUCGCGACAUCGUAGAGUUUAUUUCUUACGUAUGCAAUAGAU